AUGGCUGACGAAGAAAAAUAUGAUGCACUUUUAAUGAAUAUUGCCUCACAACAUACAGGCGGAAUUCAUGAAUUACUUGAUACACUUUUUGGAUUUUUUGCACGUAAAACUGAUUUAUAUACAAGUCCAAAUGUUGGAGAAAAACCUGAAGAAUUAAUUUUACGCGCAUUUCAUAAAUGGGAAAAAAUUGCAGUAGAAAAACAUAAAAAAGAUAAAGCCGAACGAGAUGAAGCUGAUCGUAUUCGACGUGAAAAAUUACGUCGUAAACGUGAAGAAGAAGAAGCUGCAAAAAAUGAUUCAUCACGUAUUAUUGAAGUUACUGAUGAAGAAGCAGAAAAAAUUACACGAGAAAAUGCUCAAGCUAAAGCACAAAAAUUAGGCACAAAUAAUGAAGUUCCAGUGGAAAAACAAAAUGAAACAAUAAAUAUUACUGAAUCUUCAGGUGAUAAUGAAGAAAAAGAUAAAGAUGAGAAGAAAGAAGAUGAAGAUGAAAAUGAAGAAGAUAAAGGUAAAGAAAAACCAAAUGCUGGUAAUGGCUGGACUGGACCAAAUUAUUCAUGGACACAAACACUUGAAGAAAUUGAUUUACGUGUUCCAAUUAAACUUAAUAUUCGUAUAAAAUCUAAAGAUGUUAUUGUUAAAUUCGAACGCAAGCAUUUAUUUGUUGGUCUUCGUGGUCAUCCACCAAUUAUUGAUGGAGAAACAUUUGCUGAAUUAAAAAAAGAAGAAUCUAUGUGGACAUUAGAUGAUGGAAAAGCUAUUCAUAUUGUUAUUGAAAAAGUUAAUAAAAUGGAAUGGUGGAGUCGUAUAGUAAAAUCCGAUCCAGAAAUAAAUACACGUAAAGUUCAACCUGAAAAUUCAAAAUUAUCAGAUUUGGAUGGUGAAACUCGAGGUAUGGUUGAAAAAAUGAUGUAUGAUCAACAUCGACGUGAAGCUGGUUUACCUACUUCUGAUGAACAAAAGAAACAAGAUAUGCUUAAAAAAUUUAUGGAUGCUCAUCCAGAAAUGGAUUUUAGUAAAUGCAAAUUCAAUUGA